UUAGUCAACGGAUUCAGGCUUAACUUAUCAGCAUUCCCUAUCCGGUUCGCCAACUCUUUCGGUAUAUGCAGUUUGCUGUCUAGAACAUUUCUUCCGAAGUCUCUGCUUCUUCCGGAACUCGUGGGCGGUGCCUGCUCUCUGGUUACAUUGGCUGGACCCAGCCGACUUUCUCCUCAGUCUGCCCGGAGCUCUCGUCUGAUGAGGAUACAUACGUCAUCAUGAGACUUCUAAUUCUUUUAUUGUCUGUGGCAGCAGCUGUAGCAGUGCCGGUGGCCCAAGAGGUGUCAGAAAACUACUGCCACACUUGUGUAGAUGCCAUUGACAACAAUGGCUGCAACGGCACACAGCUGUGUGACAAAGAACAUCCCUUGUGCUUGACAACUGUUGUGUUUGAUGAGGACCAGAUCGGAAUAGACAAACGAUGUGCCAGAGCCCAG